AUGCCGCCGAACCCCGAGCUCAAGAUCCUCAAUGCUGAGUCGUACAACGACGGCAAGUCGGCGUUUCGCGCGCCGCGUAGUCUCCCUUCGGGGAGACCCCGCAGAGCGGCGAUUGGCGAUGAACCACCCAAGUCCAAAAAGCGGACCAAAGCCCAGUCCUCCGAAGCGGGCGAGCUUGAAGACGAGGACAAGAAGAGAUCGCGGGGUAGGCCGCGUCUAGAUACAAACGAUGAGACAGCCAAAGAGCGUCGUCGCACCCAAAUUCGCCUCGCCCAGAGGGCCUACCGCAACCGUAAGGAGACAGCCAUCCAGUCGCUUGAGAAGAAGGUCGAUGAGCUCAGGAAAAUCAACGAGGAAAUGAGUAAGGAGUUUAUGAGGAUUUACGACUUCGCCGUCAGCAAGGGCAUGCACGAGAGCACGCCCGAGUUCGGAUGUCAGCUGCAGGCCACGACGGAGAAAUUUGUCGCCUUGGCACGGAGAUCGAGCGAGGAGCUCGAAAAGGACGGUGAUUUGCCCACCAGCCAGGACAACGACGUCGAUGCGCAAGAGGCCAGCCCAACCACCGGCAACGCUGGGCUCAGCGACACGUCGGGCUCACAAGAUGUCGCCGUCAAACCCGCCGAGAUGAUGUAUGGAGGCUUCAUCGUCAGCCAUGGCGAGGACACGGCACCCUCGACCCCUCGCUUCCAGAAGUUGACGGCGAUGCACACGACAUCGUGGGCACCCGACAGCCAAUCGCAAGCGCCACACUCGACGCCCCCCCAGGCGCCCCUGGGCUACGAAAUAGUGACGGAGCCAACGACGGACAAUGCUAGCUUCCCAUUCGGUAUGUCUUUCGAUGAUAGCCUGGACCAAGCAGGCUCUCUCAACCUAUCCGGCCAGCCCUUUUCCGAAACCCUCUUCUCCAUCCUGUCUCCGCCGAGCUCCUACGCGUACCAAGAGCGCACGUUCGGGCGGCGACUGCAGCGGUCGACGCUGGAGAAGGCCUACUUCCUGGUGUGUAUGCCGGACCCGCCGCCGGCCGUCAUGUCCAAAGCCUUCGGCUUCUGCCUGCUGUUUGAGACCAAAGACCGCAUCAAGGAGAGACUUGCUAACCGACUCAGAGUAAACGAGCGCGAGUCCAUGUUUAAUUGGAAGUUCCCCUUUUGGAACCUGGGUGGUGGUGGUACGUGGUUCGACGCGACGGAUGAUGAGACGGAUUACUCGCGCGACGGCAAGCUGAGGGGCCCCGUGGGAAACCAAGGCACGGCUGAGCCGCACCGGCACAAUGUCGACUCGAUGUUCGGGUUGGGACCAUGGGACGCCCGGACGGAAGAGACACGGGAUCUGAGGGUCAACCAUGGGGCCGCCAAGCUCCACAUGAGCGUGCCGGGCUUCGAGGGCGACUUUUACGACGCAGACGAGGUUGAGUGGGUCCUGCGACAGCGAGGCAUCUUCAUCCCGCCGGCCGCCGACUUCGUUACGGCCGAGAUCGACCCCGCCGACUUCUCGACCGACACGACCGCGGGCGGGCAAGUCUUUGGGACGGGCUCGCAAAGCAGCGUGGACGACAUACUCAGCGGGUUGCGCCGCGCCGAGAAAAGCCCCCUGGCGCACUUUGCUAGGGGGUACGUCGGUAUGAAUCUGCAGCCGACGAGGGCGUCCGACAUCGACAACGGCUCGCACUCCGUGGCCCGUACGGAGGAGGCGCUGCCUGCCCCGAAAGACAUCGACCCCAGCCUCGGAGGCGACGCGUUCGGGCUAGGCGAAAAGCCGGCGAACGGUCCCUCGGACACAGGGUUGAGAAAGCGGCUGGUGACGAUCAACGUCGGAGUCUUGGUUCAAGAGAUUGCGCUGAGGUCGGUUUGUUUGGGACGAACACCGGGUGUGCGGCCAAAGGAUGUCAACGUCGCAUUCUGGGCGUCGCUGGCCGUAUAA